CCCUCUGCUCUGUCCCACGGUCCUCCUCCCUCUGCUGUGUCCCACGGUCCUCCUCCCUCUGCUGUGUCCCCCCUGCUGUGACCCACAGUGCUCCCCCCCCUGCUGUGACCCACAGCGCUCCUCCCUCCUUUUCAGUAAGAUGGACUGAAUAAGAGGAUAUGGAGGUGGCCUGGAGCUCUGCAGAGUAGUGGAACAGAGCAUGUUACCUGAGUCCUGUUGCCUACCAUUUCUGUUUAAAGAGUGGGCUUUGAACACUAGCGGGACGUACGCAGGCAUCAGAUGUUGCCCUUUCUCUUUGCAUCUCCCCCUGUGCUCAUAGAGAGAUGUGGAAGGCUUCCUAUCCUUUCUGUCUGUUCUUACGAAACCUGUCUGACUGCAGGAUGAUGCUGUCUUUAAUUUCCCGUCUUUAUCUGAAUUUCCCAUCACCCAGCUUAUACUGAGGCCAGAGAGGAUUACAGGAAAAAAACCAGUUCCUUUCCCUUUGUGUUUUCACGAUAAACCUUAUCCCAAUACAUGAGGCUGAGCAGUCACAUGGGGUCCAAGGGACAGGGUUAGGUGAAGAGACAAGCGUUGGGGCCUCUGGAGAGAGGUAUUCCUCAUGUCCACUCCGAGGCCUUAAGGACAUCUGUUGGAGCUCUCUUCCAUCGCGAGUUGCCCAGGUAUCCAAGGCAGAUCUGAGAGUAGCCACAGAAGGACCAAAAGCUCUGGCUUGGAUCUAUCAACGCGUCCACACUUAACCUGCUCCCCAGCCAGGGUAUGAACCUCUGCUUACGUUGUCUCUCUCAGAACUGAGUCCCGUGGUGGUCCAGCCCCUGCUGGGAUGCCUCUGGGUGACUUCUUUUCUCUGGGUGAAUUAAGACAAUUCUCUCAAGAAGUGGGGAGCAACCGAGAAUAUUCUCAAGCUGUUGGGCUGCUCUCUCAGAGAAGACAUUGAGUUUUAUGAAUGGCCUUGGCUUUUUUAUACAUUUAUAAAUUGUCACUGAGGUAAAAAAUGCAAAUGGAUAGCUCUCCCCACCUCCUUUAGACCUCAUAUUCCGAAGCCUGUCUUGUCACCUGGGGCAUUAUCUCAGUAUUUUUGGGGAUAAUCUGCAGUAAGGGAACACGGAGGAAUUGACUGCUGUUAGGGUAUAAUGAAGGAAUAAACAAGGCAUUGAUAUAGUGAUGUGGGCAGGCAGAGUUAAUGAAGAGAUCCCUGGGAGUCAGCACAUGAAGCCGGCUGGCUUUAGGACCCUAAGGGAGACAGAGUCCAUGCAGGUCUCUGGGGGACUAUGUCUGUGGCCUAGGAGGCUGAGCAAGAGCCACUGCAGCACCUGGUCCAGAGCCCUGCCUGCCAUUCCUGUCAUCUUGGUGGGUGCUGGGGAGGGUGGAAGGAAGGAAGGAUAGAGGAGACCGAGUGACUGUCAACAGCACAGGAGCGCGUGAGUGCCGUGUAGUCUCAUUAGCACCAGCAUGGCUGUUCCCUGUUUGCUCACCCAUGUGAUCAGUGACCAUGUGGUCAGCGGCCAACUCCAGGAAUUUCCCAGAUUCAGUCAGUUUGAAACGCCGCUCUGCUAUACAGUCGACACCCAGUGUGUGCAUCAUUGUCUCGACUUACAUCCCAGGAAGCUAUCCCCUCUGCCACCAUGAGAAACAUCUUCAAGAGGAACCAGGAGCCAAAUGUGGCUCCGGCCACCACCACUGCCACAAUGCCCCUUGCACCCGUCGCACCUGCCGACAACUCUACAGAGAGCACGGGUCCUGGGGAGAGCCAAGAAGACAUGUUCGCCAAGCUGAAGGAGAAAUUCUUCAAUGAGAUCAACAAGAUCCCCUUGCCCCCCUGGGCUCUGAUCGCCAUGGCUGUGGUUGCUGGCCUCCUGCUGCUCACCUGUUGCUUCUGCAUCUGUAAGAAGUGCUGCUGCAAGAAGAAGAAGAACAAGAAGGAGAAGGGCAAAGGCAUGAAGAACGCCAUGAACAUGAAGGACAUGAAAGGGGGCCAGGAUGACGAUGAUGCAGAGACAGGCCUGACUGAAGGAGAAGGUGAAGGCGAGGAGGAGAAAGAGCCAGAGAACCUGGGCAAAUUGCAGUUUUCUCUGGACUAUGAUUUCCAGGCCAACCAGCUCACCGUGGGUGUCCUGCAGGCUGCGGAACUCCCAGCCCUGGACAUGGGUGGCACAUCAGACCCUUAUGUCAAAGUCUUCCUCCUCCCAGACAAGAAGAAGAAAUAUGAGACUAAGGUGCAUCGGAAGACGCUGAACCCAGCCUUCAAUGAGACAUUCACUUUCAAGGUGCCAUACCAGGAGUUAGGAGGCAAGACCCUGGUGAUGGCAAUCUAUGACUUUGACCGCUUCUCUAAGCAUGACAUCAUCGGGGAGGUGAAGGUACCCAUGAACACAGUGGACCUUGGCCAGCCCAUCGAGGAAUGGAGAGACCUACAAGGCGGAGAGAAGGAAGAGCCAGAGAAGUUGGGUGACAUCUGUACCUCCUUGCGCUACGUGCCCACAGCUGGGAAGCUCACCGUCUGUAUCCUGGAGGCCAAGAACCUGAAGAAGAUGGAUGUAGGGGGCCUUUCAGACCCCUAUGUGAAGAUCCACCUGAUGCAGAACGGUAAGAGACUCAAGAAGAAGAAGACGACAGUGAAGAAGAAGACCCUGAACCCCUACUUCAACGAGUCCUUCAGCUUCGAGAUCCCCUUUGAGCAGAUCCAGAAAGUCCAGGUGGUCGUCACCGUGCUAGACUACGACAAACUGGGCAAGAAUGAAGCCAUCGGAAAGAUCUUUGUAGGCAGCAACGCCACAGGCACCGAGUUGCGGCACUGGUCCGACAUGCUGGCCAACCCUCGGAGGCCCAUUGCCCAGUGGCACUCUCUUAAGCCUGAGGAAGAAGUGGAUGCUCUUCUGGGCAAGAACAAGUAGGCUCCAGCGGCCGGGGCCACGCCCCUAAGGAGCCACGCCCCCGAGGCGCCACGCCCCCUGAGGACACUGACGAGAUCCAGAGCUAUCAAUACCUCAGUUACGCGACCUUAGAGGUUUCUUCAUUUGUUUGCGGUGUGUCCUGUUUUUCCUUCCUUUUUCUCUUUUUAAAGACCAACUUCCUUUUGGUGGCUGUGUGAAGAGAGUCCCCUAAGAGGUGAAAGAAAAGCCUGGCUCUGUUAUUGACCCCGGAGCGGCCCUUGUUGCAUGCCCUUUCACGGUUUCCCCCUUACCCCAAGUGGGGCCCUCUACUGUCAGACAGUUGAAGCACUAACUGCUUUUCCUGGGUUUUGGACCAACAACAUGGCAAGCACAUUCUGUUUCUUGACUGUGAAGGCAACAUAGUGGCCAGCAUUGUGUGUGUGUGUGUGUGUGUGUGUGUGUGUGUGUGUGUGUGUGUACACCUGUAUGUGCCCAUCCAUCCCCAUCUGCCUGUUUUGAACAUCUCUCUUCAUUUUCUGGAAUGAGUCAUGGACAGUGAAGCCAUGUGAGAGGAGAAUGUCUUCAGAGACUCCAAGGGAAAGCAAGCCCACUGCCUAAGCGGUCAGAUGCCAGAAGAGAGCUUGCGGAUGGCCAUUUGGAAGGCGGCGAGAUGUGAUACUGGAUGGGUUCAGAACUGGGACCAAAGCCCUUGAUGCCAUCAUAGACACCCUCUUGUCAGUCAUGGCUUUCCCCCCUGGAGUGGGGUUUUGGGGACAUUCGUGGAAAUCAACUAUUCACCAGAUUUGCCAGACUCUACCAGGGACUGCCAGCCCUGGGAUGUCACUCCUGUUGACAACAUCAAACUUUGAAGAAACAGAAGUCCCAUUACUCAGAAAGCCUAGAAUUAAGCUCCUGGAUCUUUGCCUCGUCCCUCGUCCCUGCAGAGUACAAGCAGCGCGGUCAUUUGCAUUCACGCACCAUCUUGCUUUUGCCUCUGUUUCCCUUUUUGUGUAAGUGGAAAAAUACCAUCUGAAGACAAGUGCUUUGCACAGAGCCAGAGACCUGUUAAGGGGAUGCUUGGGUUUUAGUUCCCUUGAGGUCCAGGUAAGGAGGAGGUGUCAAGAAGGGGAGCUUGGGUGGACAGUGACAAACUGGAGAGUGCAGAGCUCCUCGCAACUCCCAUUCCUGACCCUCUGGACCCUUUGACCCUCAGUGAUGGUAGCUGGAGUGGCCCCGGCCAAACUGUGGAGAGGCCCCACGCUUCCGUUCCUUAGAGACAGUUUUCUUGGAAUGCCAGGAAACACGGGGCAUUCAUUUCAAAUGGGCGGUGGAGAAAAUGUGCUAAGGUUUGCAUCCUGUGUUUAGUUUGUGUUUCCUUCCCUGUCCCCUACUUGUCCCUAGCAUUGAUUAAAAAGCCAUAUAUAUGUUAGUCAGGCUUGCACUAAGUACCCUUCCCAACCUGCAGCCUGGGCAGGGGGCUUAGGCUCCCUGUAGCCAGAGGCUGCUCCUUUCCCUUGGUCUUGGAUUUGUUCUUGAAUCUCUCAGGCCCUUGUUUUCUUAUCACAGAAAAGAUACAGCUUUUCUGAAGCCGGCAGGGGUGGUGGACACGCUCUUCAACAGCAAAUGUGUCAGGACAUCUGCUCUGCCCCACCUGGGCCCUUCCGUUUCUUGUAGGACUCAGAGAUGGAUGGUGUUGUAGAGUUUGAGAACCCAGCAUGGAGAAGCUGCAGUGGCUUCAUUUUAAUUUUAGUGAAAAUGCAUAUGUGGGUUUGCUUUGCUUUUUUGUUUUUGUUUUUUUGUUUUGGUUUAAGUAGGGAGUGAGGUAUCACUUCUACCAGAAACAGAACUGUGAAGUAGGUUUGACCUGCCUCUCUUUUAGAGACCCUUUUUGCUAUUGGCCCUUGGUACCUGGGAAAUUGUGUAUUUCAUACACUAUCUGUAUGUGUGUUUAUGCUAAACACUGAGGAAGGAGGACUCUGGUAGGAUUAUGGGCUGUAGUCCUUGGGACCAGAGUUCUGGUCAUGGUAGAACAUUGUUGGGCAUCGGGUACACUCAGAGUUCAGGUGGUUAGAGAGUGUCAGGGUCCUGGUAUGGACAUCUGAGGUCACCGGAUUCUUUUCUGUGCAAUCUUGGUGCUUUCCCGGUCCCUCCCCACUCUGGCUCUUCUCACCCACAUUCCAUGAAGCCUGUUCACAGACCCUCUCCCCAACAACCUCACCCUUCUUCCUGUGUUCUCCCGACCUUUCUCAAUCACCUUUAAACUCCUGGGUUCUUCCCUACAAACCGCACUCAGCCCUUCCGUAGUCCAUAGUCCUACUGCGCUGCGGAUAGAGGGAAGGGAGGAACGGUGGAUGCCUCUGUGGUUUGACUGUCCCUGGGCUUAGACACAGGCCAGAGCUCAUUCCUUGUGGGCAGUCUGCCAGGGCUUUUGACUGAUCACUAGUUUGGAGCCAGCAUGGAUGCUGGGAGAGGUUCUCCUCAGGCUUAAGGCUGGUCCUGGACGAGCCACCCAAGCAGAUGGCACCUGUCCAGGUCCAGGGGCCAGGCAGGAACAUGUUGAGGCUUAAUUGUUUCUAUACUGGGGGAGGGGGGAGGGCUGAUAUGAUCCAAACCCCAGCACUGCAUUCCAAACCUUCACUGCCACCUGGGGGGCGGGGUAUAAUUUCUGGGGAUGUCAGGAUCCUGGGGUAUCAAGACUAUGCAGAGACAGUCAAUGUUUCUGGCUGGUAAUGGAUUCUGGAUACUUCUGUGGAUGCAAGUUUUUAAUCCCAAAGAGAGGAAAGUAUUUAUUAGAGGGUUUAUUUGUUUUGUUUUUUUGUUUUUUUGUUUUUAAAGAGAGCUUAAGACCAUGAGUACCCACACUCCACUCAGGAUCUGGGGGCUCAUGUCCUCUCUGAAUGAUCCUCCCAGAGUGGAGCAACCUCUGCAGUGCUGGGGCCCUUGUGGGGACUUAGAAACAAAGGCUAAGGCCUGGGGACGAGGGAUCUCCCAGCCCAGCAGGUGCUUGGAACAAGCAAGGGGAGGCCUAGCCAGAGACCUCCGUCUUUCUUCCCAGGAAGCCAACACAUCAUUUUGUUUUUGUAGAAGUGGUUUGUGGUGAUCUUGCUGGCCCACAAUUCAGUGGGGGAAGAGGGGGGCUUUUUACCACAGGCCUCUUCGUAAAGGUAGCUUUUAUAAACAUGUCUCCAUGCUGGACUCAAGGGUGAGCGAUGCUAGAAAAAAAAAAUUCCUCGUUCAUUUAAUGUCAUGUCAGUUCAUGAGAAUCCCAGGUUCUCGAUCCUGUAGGGAGAGUCUGUGUUUGAGGGCAAACAUAGCAGCAGUCUUCCUGAAGGUGGGAAGAGAUGGAACGUCCCCAUCCCCUGCUCACUGGUGCCUGCUCUGUCUCUCUGUCUCCCUCUCACUGCAGGCUGCUUGGGGUCUUUUCCCAGAGCCAGUGGGUAGCAACAGGUGGCCCAUAGCCCCAUAAUGGCUGCCAGAUUUGGCAACUAUAAAUUCAAAAUACUUGGUUAAACUUGAAUUUCAGAUAAGCAAAUAAUUUUGAAGUUUAAGGACGUCCUAUGCAGUAUUUGGGACAUACUGUACUGUAAACAGUGAUUCAUUGUUCAAUGUGAAAUUUAAGUUUAAUUGGCCAAUCCUGUAUCAUGUCUGGCAACGUACCCUCUGGCUCCUUCGUCUCUCUUUUCUUCAGUCCCAGGGGCCAGAGGCUGGUUACCACAGUUUUGAUUUAGCCUGUUUUCUGAACUGCAAUAUUGAGAAGGGGACACUGUGACUUGAAGAUAUAUGAAUAUACUUUAUUUUUGAAGUAACAACAAAACAGGAACCUUCUGAAGCCAUUGAGCCUCAUCGGACCCCCGCCUCAUUUAGUUAUAUAUUAUAAAAGAAGAUGCUAUUCUAUAAACAUACAAGCAGAAUCUUGUUUAAUCAAGAUGCAUGUCUACAAUUCUGUAUAUAGCCGCAUGGCAAAGCUGAGAGCCCCCUUGAUCUCCCAACCUGUUUUACAGAACUGCCUGCUCCUGGAUUUUAUGUUGUGUGAAGUCUUUGUCCUCACCUCCCCUACAGGGAAUGUCCACAGUGGGAGAUAAUGUUCUGGCCCCAGUGCCAGCCCUGCCCAGGGAAGAUGCUGAAGGACCCUGGCCCCGAAGGCAGGCCUGCUGCAUGUCUACAGGGCUAACCCUUGGGGCACAGUGCACUGUCUAGCCUGGCGUCUGGUGUCCUGUUGCUUCUGUGUUCCAUGUGUGUGACGUGAUUCCUUUCUUCCCUCUGUCUUGAAUAAACUGAAAAAGCCAUAAAGGGGCCUCCUACAGGAGGGUGCCCUCGACUCCUUCCAGGAGCCCCUCUGUCCCUCUAACUGGCUCCCCACAGAACACUUGUGAAGGGCUCACCUGUCCGCCACCCUCUCACGCUCCCUUAGCCCUGUGUCAUGAGGACACUUGGUGAUUCAGGGCUUCUGGUGGGGUCUCAGGCUGGCUUUUGUGGCCUGAGUCUGAUGGUGGGUCUUCCAGGCAGGGCAGUAGUUGUGACUCUGUGGCUUGGAUAACCUCUUAAGAGGCCCAGAGGCAACCAGGGUUUUCAGAAGCAGUCAGCAGCCCAGUCUAUAGCCAGGUUCUCAGUGGCAGUCUUGGAUGAGCACAGCCAGCCCUGCCUAUGUUUCCCUGAGCCCACAGAAACAGUGGAGGGGUGGCCCAUGGGGAAAACUUGGAACUGCAGUGGUGAAACUCUCCACCCAUUCUCUCCUUUGUCUGGCAGUGCCACAGAACAGGGUGCCCUGAGAGCAAGGUGGGAGGUGUGGUGGUGAAAAGGGGCCACUCACAACUGAGGAACACUAGGCUCUGCCCCUCACCUCAGCUCCCAGGGCAGCCUGAGCAGUAUGGCAAGUAAUGAGUAUAUGGGUAGACAGGGCUGGGGCAGCUUGGGCACCCACAGAACGCCCCCUCCCCCCCCAAGAAGCCAGUCGUAUGUUACUAAUACAGGGGACCUCAGAAAGAAUUGGGCAAGUGUAUUGGGCAAGGCCAGGGCAACAAGGUGGGGCUGGCUGGAGAUCUCCAGUCUCCACAGAAACUGAAAUUGGGAACUGUAGCAGCAGAACGGAGUCUGGCAAGGUGGCGGGAGCAGUGCGUGGGCCUCAGUUUCACCCCCAGCUUUCCUCAGCAGCCAGGAGUUCAGGGAAAGGACCUGCAAGCCUGACCAUUCUGCCCUAACUCCUGCUCACCUAAGGAUUUGAUUUGCUUUCUGAAAACCUUGGGCCCAGAAACUUUCAAAACUGGGGCAGAAGCUGAGCAAGCUGUGUCCCCCCUGGAAUACACUGGCCCCGCCAGGAGCCCUCCCUGUCUUCCUAAGAAGGACGUGUGUAGCCCUCCCCGUUCCCACUCUGCUUGGCAAUGCUCUCUCCAUUCCCUUAUGUGGACUCUGUUGUUCUUGUCUGAUCUCUUGUCAAAUUGUUAUUUUGUAAUGAGCUGCGUCUCCUUAUUAAAGAAAAGAGCUGAAAGCAA